CGGGGGGGGGGGAGAGAAACCGCAAACAUUUUGGAAGGGCCUCGGCAGAAAAACGCCCUUUCACCCUUACCUUCGUGAAUAAAAACUCGAGCCUGCAGUGACGCAUAUUAGUGAGUGCGGGGAUGUGGGUUUAGGCGGAUUCUCGAUGUGCGAGAGGUGAAUCAAGGGGGAGCCAGGGAUUAUUUCGCCUGUGCGGCCGCGGAGGAGGAUUGGAGAGGGAGGGGUCGUGAGGUGUCCAAGAUGGCGGCGCCCUGUGGAGUGGAGCUGCUCUAAGAGGGAAGGCUUCUUUACAAGAUGUCCUGAGUGAUUGACUGGAAUGGUACUAGCUGCCUUUUAGCGGAGCCUCGCGAUCGUAUCGGCAGGCGGCUCUGGGGUUCUGCCCGGGAGGACGGAAGGGUUUGAGUAAGACGACCCUACAGCCGGCGACGCAGACUCCAGCCUCAUCCUCCCUGACGACAUGGCCAGAGAGCAGCUCAACGUGGCAGAUCUCCUCCCCCUGCUGGAGUCCUCCGACCUCCAGGAGCUGGAGGAGAUAAAGGGCCUCAUCAAUGAGCACCUCCAAACAGAUCGAGGGUCUCUCCUCCUGAACAGUCUGGUGGAUUGUUACCUGGAGACCAGCUCCCAGCAGGCUUUGCACAUCCUGUCCUCUGUGAGGGAGCCGCAUGACAAGCACCUCUUCGACAAGAUGAACGAGUGCAUGGCCAGGCCCUCCUGCCGUUUCCCUACUCUCACGCUGCUGGGCCACGUGAUCAGGAAACAGCCGCCCUGGAUCCACAAGAUCUCCCGCACCCCGCUGCUGCUGUCCCUGCUCAAGUGUCUCAAGACGGAUACGGACGUCCUCGUCCUCAUAACUGGGGUGCUGGUGUUAAUCGUCCUCCUGCCGAUGAUCCCGCAGGCUGGCAAACAGCACCUGAAUGAGUUCUUCGAUGUCUUCGGGCGACUGGCUGCCUGGAACCUGAAGAACCCAGGGCAUGUCACCGAGGUGUACCUGAUACACUUGCACGCCAGCGUCUAUUCUCUCUUCCACCGCCUUUAUGGCAUGUACCCCUGCAAUUUUGUUUCCUACCUGCGCUCACAAUACAGUAUGAAGGAGAAUGUGGAGACCUUUGAGGAAGUCGUAAAGCCGAUGCUGGAACACGUGCGGAUACAUCCCGAGCUGGUGACUGGAACCAAGGACCAUGAGCUGGACCCAACGAGGUGGAAAAGGUUUGAGGUCCAUGACAUCGUUAUCGAAUGUGCCAAAGUGUCCCUGGACCCAAAGGAGGCAUCGUGUGAGGAAGGGUACUCCACCAUGCCUGAGCACUUCUCCACGCACUUGCAGCACAGGCCCGCCGACUGCACUGCCAGCCCCUUCGCCGAUCUCCACAGCAGCUACGGGAGCUCGUCUUCGGCCUCUUUCUCCACCCCGCGCCAGGCCGCGCCCCCUCUCUCCGGGACCCAGCCUCCGUACCACAGCCCGCAGGUGUGCCGCCACCUGCCCGACGCCAGCCAGGAUCCUUUCUGGAGCCCCUCCUCAGUGUGCGGAAUGACCACGCCGCCAUCCUCCCGGGGAAUCUCGCCCACCAACGCCCCCCCGGAGCUAUCCCACAGUGCCUCUCACCUCACCAGCCGGGCGCAGGCCCCCGCAGCAGCUGGUGGGAAGGGGACGCCGUCCACCACCCCUGCCACCUGCUCCCCACCCCCUGCCCUCUGCGAUGAUUGUGUGCACGUGGCCCCGCCCUCCCAUGCUGCCAGCCCCCCACAGAAGGAUGGUAAACCGGAAGCAUCGAAGCCUGGGCUGGUGAGGCAGGCGCCGGUCCGGGAGUCCGAGAAAGAAGGCGCGGAUGUUGCCAAUAGCCAAGACGCCGGGGGCGAGAACGCGAUGACCGUCACACUAACGGAGCUGCCUGGGCUCAUCAAGCAGCUGGAGCAGCAGGAGAGGAUGGAGAAGGAGCGAGAUGAAGACGCUAUCGCGGAGGAGCUCUUGAAUAUCGCCGCGGACGAGCGAGAGGCCUCGGGCCCCCGCGGGGGGUUCGACUCCCCUUUCUAUCGCACCACCGAGACCCUGACGGGGAGCCAGAAGAAGGCCCUGCCCCUGGCCCCCAGCUGCAGCCUGAGCUCCGACCCCCACAACGCCGUGUCCACCCCUGACAGAGCGGGGCCGCGGGGGGGCAGGGUUCCCUACGGGCUGGAGCAGCCCUGCGGCUUCCAGGCCGUGUUCACCCCCAUCGACCACGCCGCGCGGGGGCAGCCCCCCAGGAGCCCCUCCGCCCCCGCGCCGGGGGAGGCCCCCGGCAAGUACGGCCUGCUGUCGCCCAGCCCUUACAAGCUCCAGCCCCUGCCCUACGAGAGCCUGUUCGACCUGGCGCUGCCCAAGGCCGCCUCGCUGUUCGUGGGCAAGAAGACGGCGGAGGCGGCGUGGAGGGCCGGGGCUGAGGGGCUGGGGGACGAGGACGUGGGGGAGGGCGCCGCGUCCACGACGUCCCCGCUGGAGGUGCUGGACCGCCUCAUACAGCAGGGCAGCGACGCGCACGACGAGGUGCUCAAGAGGCUACCUUUGCCAACGAAGUCGGCUGACUGGACGCACUUUGGAGGUAAACAACAGGGUAUUAAAACAAAAGGCUCGGCGCCGCUGGACGAGCUGCACACCCUGCGCAGCCAGCUGCUCCUGCUGCACAACCAGCUGCUGUACGAGCGCUACAAGAGGGAGCAGCACGCCAUCCGCAACCGGCGCCUGCUGCGGCGCAUCAUCAACGCCACCGCGCUGGAGGAGCAGAACACCGCCAUGAAGGACCAGCUGAGCCUGCAGGAGGUGGACAUCCAGUGCCUGAAGGACAGCCUGCAGAAGGAGCAGAGCAAGUACCAGCGGCUCCUGGAGGACCGGGAGACCGCGGUGACGCGGCUGAGCGGCCAGAUCAGGCAGCUGCAGCAGGGAUGCAGCGAGUACCACACCAAGAACCAGGAGCUGCAGAGUAAACUGCAGGAGUGCCAGAAGAAGGUGGGGGAGCUGGAGGCAGAACUGCAAAAGGCCAACAACAAAGUCUGCAACACGGGACACCUGCUUAACCAGCUCUCCGUCAAGCUCAACAAUAGCGAAACCAUCCAGGGGCAGAUGGAGUUUCUUAACAAACAGCUGCUGCUGGUGGGCGAGGUCAACAAGCUGGCCAUGGAGGAGCUGCAGCACUCCAGCCCCGACCCCAGCAAGGAGGUGGACAUGAUACGGGCCUCCUACGGGAAGGAGCUGGAGAGACUCCGGCAGAGCCUGGUGCAGCAGGGCCAGAGGCUGGAGGCCGCCCAGUACCGCAUCGGGGAGCUCGAGUCCCAGCUCACCAAGAAGGAGCACCUCAUCGUGGAGCAGAAGAAAUUCCUGGAGGACGUCAAGAGCCAGGCCAAGGGGGAGCUGCAGGCGUCCCAGAGCAGGUACCAGGCCCAGCGGCAGGUCACGCAGGCGCUGCAGACGGAGCUGCUCGAGCUGUACAGCCGCCUGGAGAAGGAGGACGCUGUCGCGGGUGCCGGUGCAGCAGCGGCGGCAGCAGGGGGCGCCACUGAGCCGUGCAAGCCCACCGACUCCAGGACGGACGGCGCCAGCUCGGGGUCACCAAGGCAGGCGGCCCCCCGUGACCGUACGGGCAGCCAGACUGACUGCCCAAAGGGCAACGGCAGCACUUUAUCGCCCGGCCAGCCCCCGCCUUCCCUGCCGGCAGGGCACGGCGGCUCCGUGAACGGCAGCCGUGACCCCCCCCUGGUCCUGCUGGAGCCCCCGCCCGCGCCCGGCCACGCCCCGCUCACGGUGGGCUCCUACCCCACCGCCAAGAGCUUCCUGGGCAUGCGGGCCCGCGAGCUGUUCCGCAACAAGAGCGAGAGCCAGUGCGACGAGGAGCCCCCCCGCCUGGCGGGCCUGUCCCAGGCGCUCAAGACUGAGCAGUGCGUGGAGCCCGCGGGCGCCGCGCCCCCCCCCGAGCCGCCCCGCCCGCCGGAGGGCAGCGGCGCGCAGCAGAGGCAGCAGCAGCUGCGGAUCAUGGACUAUAACGAAGCGCAUCAUGAGCACAGCUAAGGAGCUCGGGAGGAGAGAGGAAACAAAAAAAGCAAAGCCCAGUGUUAUUAUUCUCAUUCCUCGAGUGGACAGCAGGAUUUGAGCCUCCACUUCAGAUUGAUUUCCUCGGCUCCUCUCGUUUUGUUGUUUCCCCUACAGCCGCUCGCCAGUCCGCUUGCUGCACUUUGCCCUCCUCCUCGGCGAGGUGGCCAAUCUGAGGUCAGGGCUGCCGGGGGGCGGGGGAUUGUGGGGCUGGGUUUCUUCUUCGUUUUUUUUUUUUAAAAGACGGCUUCUCAGUCCAGCGUCGAGGGUAAGGGCGCAGGGCAGCUGCCGGUCAAGGUGAGAAGGAACUCUGCACGUUUGGCUGUCGUUUAAAAAAAAGUAUUAUAAGCGAGGAAG